UUUAUUUUUGCGUCUGUUUGUGAUCAACACAUUCGAAAUCUCUGUGGCUAUCAGGUAAGUUGUACAGGUUAGCUCGUGGUGUAUCUAGAAACUGGUGCUGCGUCGGUGGGAGAGUAUAACAGAAACAACACCAAAAAUGAACAGAAUGUGCAAAUGUAUGCAGCACAGACCGGAGAGUUUGUUUUCGUGGUUGGUUUGCGUUUGCGCCGCUUUUUGUCAAGCGGUGAACCUUGGUUUUGCUUUUAGCUACGGAGUGUUGCUUCCUGAAGUUAUGAAGGAAUUCGGAGAAAGCCGGCAAAAAACUGUUUGGGUUGGAUCUUUGGCACUCGGUUUGACUUUCUUUCUUGGUCCGCUUGCAUCAUUUCUCUGCCAAACGAUUGGUUGCCGCUGCACGGCCAUACUUGGAUGUUUGCUAUGUGGUGCCAGCUUGUUCCUCACUGCAUAUUCUUCUGGUCUUCAAUGGAUGUUUCUCACUUAUGGUUGUUUGUAUGGCUUGGGAUCUUCAUUACUGUUUUCAUCUUACUUUCUCAUAACAGCUAAGAACUUUCGAAGGUGGCAGUCAUUCGCAGUGGGGAUCGUUUCGGUCGGGGGCAGCAUCGGAGUCUUAAUCAUUGGCCCUUCAUUACAGCUCCUGAUUGACGAAUAUGGUUGGAGAGGAGCAUACAGGAUCAUUAGUGCACCCUUCAUUGUAAUGGUGUUUAUUUGUGGAGCUACAUUUGGUGAUCCUAUCAGUUCAGAUUCAUUUAAAACUUCCCCACAGAACUGCACGUUUAACGCAGGUGAGUUGGCCGAGUGUGCCAUGGAAGUGGGAAGAAUAAACAUGAACUUCACGGAAGAUUCUACAAAUUCAGCAGUUUAUAGAAGCCGAACAAGCAAGAUUAAUGAACAAGAAAAUAGAGAUGGAAUUGAAUCACUGUCGGCGGUCGCCUACCAGAAGGCUAGACAAAUGCUAUUUACAGCCAAAUCACGGCAGGUGGUGGCCAAAGAUGACACCAAUACGGACAAGUCUUCAGGAAAACUAUCCAAAUUUUUAGACUUUUCCGUAUUUGCAGUUCCCUCUUACACUGUGGCGACAUUGAGCCUUCUUUUGAUGAAUUUUAGCCAUUUCACACCUCAGAUACAUCUGGUGAAAUAUUGCCUCGAUCUUGGUAUUUCUGCUGACUCGGCAUCCAGACUUUUUAUACUUUUUGGUUUAUCAUCCAGCAUAGCUCGUAUUGCAACAGGAAGGAUUUGUGACGUCACUUGGGUGAAUACUAUUUAUAUUUACCAAUUUGGAGUUAUAGUAGACGGAUUUGCCAUCGUUGUGCUUCCAGUAAUAAGAAAAUACACAGCAUUUCAAGUCUUUUCCGUGGUUUAUGGUCUUGCUGAUGGCAUCUUUAUUACAACAAUGAACUCACUUCUGAUGUUCAGUGUGGACGAGGAGCGCAGAGCGGCUGGGUUAGGCCUGGGAAAUACUCUUCUGUCACUUGGAAUAGUGGCCGGAUCACCAUUUGCUGGGUUCCUGGCUGAUAUCUCUGACUGCUAUACUUGGGCUUUUCUGGUGGCUGGUAUUGUGACACAAGUAGCUGGUCUGAUGCCACUGGUUCUGUUCUGCCUCAAAACGAAGAAACAAUUUGACUUGAAAAAGAAAAAAGGACAGGGUCCUGUGACUUUGUAUAGGGAUGGCGGAAAUUGCUAGUUAGUAAGGCUUCAAGAAACUAUU